AUGAUGGUGAGAGCUGUGCGAAUAAUUUUAAUGCCAUUUCUUGUAGUUUUGCUGUUGCCGUCCACGGCGCUGACGGAGGGUGUAGUCAUCACGUCAUGUGCUCACUGCACAAUGAAUAGAUCUGAAAGAUGGUGCCCCGAUGACAUGACAUGUUGGCCGGCAAAAAAAUGUAUUUGUGGGACAGAGUGUCUGGGCAUUACUGAUUGCUUCGCGCAGGAGACAACAUGCGCCCGGUGCGUCAGUGGCGGCGGUACAUUCUGCACUCAUCCGGUCAAAGGGCACCGGCCGUGUUUCUUCACGGUUGUCAGUGCGGGGGGGCACGCACCAACGGCAUCGCAAGACGAUCAGUGCAGAGAGGUGUGUUUGGAGAAAGGCCGUUGCCUUUCGCAUCUCACAGAGUGUCCGAAGGAGCACGUGGACCCCAUUUCGCUCAGUUGGUUUGUAAUCAACGUUGCAUUUGCGGUGGCCAUCGCGGUUUUUGUAGGCAUUGUUGUGUACGUGGGCGUAAAGAGGGCAAAGUUAAGCGUCACGGUGUCGCAGCACGAUCACCUGUAUGGAGCGCAAGUGCCGCCGCCGCAAGCGCAGUAA